AUGUCGCAGGUGGAAUGGGUGCCUGUGGCGUCUUGGGAAUGUCACCAACUGAGAUUCGGAAUUGGAGCAACUCGGACUAGGGGACUGGGUGCUUCGUUCCGGGAACGUUCUGCUGGUCCCUUGCAAUUGAAUACCUGGAUCCCAGAGCCUGCACCCCCGCAACGCGACCCAGAGAACGAGCAACGGCUGCGGGACUUUCUGGGGCACUUCGGACCCGAAGUCCCAGCGUGGGCAGCGGACGCCAAGCUGGUGGAUUUCGAGGCACAAGUGACUGCCAUGAUCGACGCGAAACCGGAAGUGAUUUCGUCCAUCAUGGGCGUUUAUCCGCCGCAUCUGGUGAAGAGGAUGAAGGAGCAGAAGAUCAGGUGGUUCGCCGUGGCCACCACCGUGGCCGAGGCCGUGGCCGCGGAAGCGGCCGGCGCCGACGCCAUCGUGGCGCAGGGCGUGGAGGCGGGCGGACACCGCGGCGCCUUCCGGGCCGAAGACGCCAAGGUGGACCUGGUGGGCCUGGUGGCACUGCUGCCGCAGAUCGUGGACGCCGUGCAGAUCCCGGUGAUCGCCACGGGCGGUUUGUGCGACGCGCGGCAGACGGCCGCGGCGCUGCUGCUGGGCGCCUCGGCGGUGCAGAUCGGCACCGGCCUGCUGCGCUGCCCCGAGGCCGGCAUUUCCACGGCCUGGGCCGAUGCCUUGGCCCGAAGCCGUCCCGAGGAUACCGUGGCCACCCGGGCCUUCUCGGGUCGCUUGGGGCGAGCGCUGAAGAACGCCUAUGUCCGUGCAGCAGAAGCUCCUGAUGCUCCGGCCCCAGCACCGUAUCCGGUGCAGCGGGGAUUGACCACACCCAUGCGAACGGAGGCAGCCAAGACACACCAGCUGGACCACAUGAUGGCCUGGGCCGGGCAGUCCUGCGGUUUGUCGAAGGCCCAACCGGCCGAAGAGCUGGUGGCGACGCUAUGGACGCAGGUGGAGGAAAUGCUGGAGCCGAGGGCACAGAUUUUAGUGCAGGAGUUUCCUGAGAAUUUUGGGAUAUUCCGAACAGACGUCGCGCCGGCAAAGCGGCCACGCUUUGAUGAACUUGGAGGCUCGCUGGACAGCGAGGACUGCGGCGAGGACAGCAACGUUCCCACGGCCGCCGUGGCGCGGAGCGGAACGCGCAACGUCUUUGAAGCUUUGCUUCAUCGACCACGGGGCUUCUGUGAGGCGUGGAUUCUGUGA